AUGACUCAAAGGAUUGCUUCACAUACUACUUCCGAAGUACCGCAAGGUUUAUGCAAUUCUUCUAUGGACGCCUCACAAAUUACAUCGUUUGCUGAUGCAAUUUCUAACCAAGGUGCUGAUAUAUGCAAAAUAGAGCACACGCAAUUUGGUGAAAUUUACGUAUGUAAACUGUGCAAUGUGAAGUGCACUGGUAAGGCGCCAUUUUCUCAACAUAUAGCUGGAGCACAUCAUCGAAGAAGCUGCAAUGCCCAGACAUUUUUCUGUAAUGAUUGCAAUACAAACCUCAACUCUCCUGUACAAUAUACUCUACAUUGUGGUGGAUCAAAACAUAUACGAAAUACUCUUUAUUCCUCUGACAAUUCAAUGUCUGAACAGUCAGGACUUGACCAACAUUUCAAUAAAAGCGAUAACGUUCCUUACUUUCGUAUACCGUGUGGUCUUAAAUGCUCUUCAAAAGAGCAACAUCAAGUAUCUCUAUCAGGCCAGUUUGAAGAGUAUAUUCUGAAUGAAAAACCAAUUCAGCAGACUAACCAACCUGAUUUCCUCUCUUCGAUAUUUACUUUAUUCAGUUUAGCUUCUAAUAGUUCGGCCAACCCACUGAUUUCAAAAAUGGUUCCUUGUCUGAAAAAUAUCAUAGAGCUGGAGUCCAAGUUAACACUAACAAAUAACUUAUCUCCGUCUGUGGCUUCGCUCAGUCCCUGUUCAUACCAACAACAAACGAACUUGAAUAGUAGUGUGUUACCUAAUCAGCAGGAUAAAUGUGACUCUCCUGGACUCAUACAGUUUUGCAGACACAGUGAAUGUGUUUUGUUGAGGUCAUUACAGUUUUAUGAAAGCAAUUUAAACACAGAAGUUGGGAAUCUUGGAUGACUGGGCUGUUAAUUAUUUGUGGUGAAUUUAAUUAUUUUACUGAUAAAUGCAUAUUAUUUUUUUGUACAGAAUCAUUACAACUUAUUUUAUUUACCUUCUGUCAUACUAUUGAUAACCAUUAAUAUUGGUUUAUGUUGCUAGUAAAUACAUUUACUGUUGUAGUAAAACUACAAACUAACUCACUCUGGAUAUUUGUCUCAGUUAGUCUGAAACUAGUUUUUACUAAUUGACCAUCUUAUCUGAGUCGAAUUCGUCAUACAAACUUGGUAGGAUUCUCC